AAUUACACGCCGACGUGUGCGCGCGGCAUUAGUGCAGUGUGGUGAUUCGAAUUUUGAACGAGAUUGUGAAUUACAUUUUUUUUUAAAGUGAAUCUUGUAGUGGCUUGGAUUGGGCGAUAAACUGCAGCGCGAAGCGUACCUAGUACAACGUGGAAUAUUACGAAUAGCUGAGAAAGCGGCGACGCUCGCGCUGUUGCAAACGAUAAACCAAGAUGAAAACUUCAACUCUACUCCCCGUCCUGAUUCUGCUCAACAUUAUGUACCAAGCCCAAAGCGCCCCUUCUAGAAGAUCCCGCGCCGCAGCGAUACCUGAAGAAACAGAAACAGGACGACAAAGCAAACUUGAAGACAAGUUCAAAGAAACCACCACAACUGCACCAAAACCCACACACAGAAGAAACAAAGCUCUUAACCUAUUUGGAGGAUAUUUUCCUUCCUUCUUAUCGUCUGGCCUGGAUUAUUCUGAAGAUGAUGACGACGACGUCACUUUCUCCGUUAACGAUGACCGGUUUGAAGAAGACGACAUUUCCCGGACUAUUCCUUCUAAACGCCGCCAGCAGACCAAGAAAAAGAAUGGAGGAGAUUCUUAUCCAAACGAUAAUCUGAACUCUCUACAGUACGACAAUUCGCCUAUCUUCUACAUCAGAUUGCCACCCACGCCAUACAUGUUUGUACCCGGAUUAGGAUAUGUAUCACAGCCACCAACAAUUGGACCUCCGAUGCCACCCAUGCUUCCUCAAGGACCUCCUCAAGAUCCGUUCAUCAAUCUACCCAUUGACUUUGUUUCCAACGGUAAACCAACAGGCGUAUAUCAAUGGAGUGGAGCGCCUAGCUAUCCACAACCUCCACAAAUGGCGAUGGAUCCCUACGGCUAUGGACCUGCACAGCCUAUGAUGCCACCUUCUCGACCAAGUUACAAUGCGCCGUCUUACUCGAAACCCAAACCGAAGCCAACUCCAACCAAUUCUAAAGUCACUAACUUAAAAGGUCCGUACGUUUUCAAUGGAAAACCAGGAGACAGCGUUUACGUGCUUCGGGACACAUACAAUUCUAUAUAUUCGGACGCCCUUCAGAAUUUUUACCCUUAAACGUAAUAUAUUAUAGAUAGUGGUAUAUUUAGGAAAUAAUAAUGGCUCGUAUCGAGUCGUCGUUAAUUUAUAGUUUAUAUUUGUCUAGCCCAGCCACAUUUUUGCCCUUAGUGAUAUGCAGGAAAAGUUGUUUUAUAAUAAUUUUAAAAAUAAAGGUUCAUUAUUUUGUACUACCCUCUAACAGCCAACAGGUGCAUUACGUUGGUAUAAAAGUUGAAAACUAUAACCCGACUGCGAUCGUCUUAAUAAACGCUGAAAUAUUAUA